AUGGCUAAUUUAAACAAUAAAGAAAAAGAAAAUUUACAAAUAAAUGUUAGUGAAGUUGUUCCUGUUAUCGAAGAUAGAAAUGAUGAUCUAUCAAUAUAUCAUAAUGGAAUAUAUUGGCGACUUCUAUUUCUUAAUUUGGUUAUUUUAUGGGCAUAUCAAUCAUUAAUUUCUGCACAAAAUUAUUAUAUUAAAUUUUAUAAAAAUGAUCAUUUAGAUUUUUGGGGAACAGUAUCAGCUGGUUCAGCUAUGUUUUUUCUUCAUAUUAUUCAAUUAUAUUUUGGUGUUUAUAAAUAUGGUUUUACAAAACGUGUUAUACCUGGUUUUAUUGGUUACAUUAUUAUUGCUAUUUUAGUUAUGGCUUUUAAAAAUAAAAUUAUUUUAAUUAUUGCUUUUGCAAGUGUUGGUGGAAUAAAUACAAUAACUGAAUCUCCUGUUUAUGGUAUUGCUGGAUUAUUUACAACUGGGGCAUUUACUCAAGCUGUUCAAGUUGGUAAUGGUAUGGCUGGAUUUUUAAAUGUUACUGCAAAUACAAUAAUUCGAUUAAUUGUUUUACUUGUUCAUAGUAAAAUCGAUCAAGAUCAAUUAUCAUUUUAUAUAUUUAUGAGUGUAUUAAUAAUAUUAUGUCUUAUAGCUAUUUAUGUUUAUUAUCGUUUAAUAAAUAUUCCUCCAGUUAAUAUAAGAAUUACUCAACAAAUGACUACAUUUAAACAAGAAAAACUUGGAAAUCUUGUUCAAUUAAAUUCUAUUGAAAAUCAACUUUCAUUUUGGGAAUUAAGUAAAAUUUUAAAAAUUAAUUUAUUUGUUCAAUUUUAUGUAUUAUUUAUAACAUUAUUAUUAUGGCCAGGUAUUCCAUGUGGUGCAACAAAUAAUGGUUGGUUUAGUAAAGGUGGUGGAGCUUGGUGGUGUUCACCAUUUAUAAUUGGAGCAUAUAAUUUAGGAGAUCUUAUUGGUCGUACUCUUGCUAUUAAAGUUCAUAAAUAUUUUUCUUCAAAUAUUUGUUUAAUUUUUUCAAUUUUAAGAACAUUAUUUAUAUUAAUUAUAUUUUAUCGUCAUAAUAUAAAUAAUGUAUUUCUUCUUAUAUUAAUUAUAUUUAUGGGAAUAACAAAUGGUCUUAUUGCAACAAUUACUUUUAUGGUUCGUCCUCAAACAAUUGUUGGUGUUAAUAAUUGUGAAAGAGCUGCUUAUUUAAUGACAGCAGCUUUAUAUUUUGGAAUUGCAUCUGGAUCUAUUGUUGCAGCUACUUUAUCAUUAACUCAUCUUGUUUAA